CCUUUAUAUUCUGACAGUUAUGGCUACUUGACCUUAGGGUGCAACAGGCCAAUAAAUAAAACCAACAAACCAAUAUUCUGACAGUUUAUCUCAAGUCAUUUAAGAAGUUAUCUUAUGUUUAAAAGAAGAAACAAAGGGAAAUUAAUUGAAAGAAAGGAAUAAAUAAAAUUAUUUAAAAUGAAUAUUUUACCCAAAAAACGAUGGCAUGUACGCACUAAAGAAAAUAUAGCAAGAGUUAGAAAGGAUGAAGCGAAAGCUGCACAAGAAGAAACUGAAAAGAAAUUACGAAUCCAAAAGGCUGAAAGAGAAGCGCAAAUCGAAUUUUUGCGUCAGGAAGCAAGAAAAAAGUAUGAUGAUAAAGUCAACAGCAACUGCACUCCUGUUAAAACUGAAAAGCACAUUAAUUUUUUCUCUGAGUUGGAAGAAGACAAAGUUGAUUAUAAAAAAAGUAAUGUACAUAAUGAAAAAGAAAAAAAAGAUGAAAAAGAACAGUAUGAAAAGAAAAUUGGAUAUUUAACGUAUCUUGGCCAAGAUACUCUUGAACUAAAAGGAGAAACUAGUUGGUAUAAUAAAGAUCGUGACAGCGAAUCACAAGUCAAAGAAAGUGAAAAAGAUAAGCGGAAAAAAUCUUUUCAAGAUCCUAUUCACAGUAUGAAUAAAUACAUAAAAUUAUUAGAUAAAGCUAAUAAAAGCAAUGAUAAUAAUUUAGCUUUAAAUAAAAAAAAAAAAUUAGAAUCGAAAAUUGCGUACUCUAAGAAAAAAAAAGAUAGUAAUCAAAAAGAUACACUGGAACAAUUGAGAACUAAAAGGUUAUUGCGAGAACAAAAAGAAAAGCUUAAAACUGAAAUGUUAUUAGCAAAACUACAAGGCAAUUCUAAGCCAGUUGAGUCUCAAAAAUCAGAUAUCCGACAAAAGUAUAAUUCUCAGUUUUUUCCAGAAUUUGCAAGACAGAAUUUAAAAAAAAGUUAAAAAUAAGAAAUGUAUGAUUACAUUAUUAGAAAUUUGUAAAAUGUGAUUAUUUUACAUUUCUAUAAUCGUAAAGUGACUAGAGUGGCUCACUGGCCUUUAAAUGCAAAUAAACAUUUACGAAAUAUGAUUAAUAAAUCAAACAAAAAUAAAUAGAAUAAUAUAUUUUUAAUUGUGUAUUUAUAUAUAGAAAUUUAAAAUUGUAAUAAAUGAUAUAUUAAAAAGU